CCCUCUCCCUUUGCUUCUCUCUCUCUCUCUUAAAUAAAUAAAUAAAUAAAUAAAUAAAUAAGAGAGAGAGAGAGAGAGAGAGAGAGAGAGAGAGAGAGAAGGAUUUAGAGGUAGGAGCACCUGAAGGGUCCGGUGUGGCGGGGACGAAGAGCUGCUCUGAGUAGAAACGGGCGGACCAGCUGCAUGUGUCAGGUUGCCCUGGUAAUGGACCCAUGGAGCGUCCCGCAGGGGAGCUAGAGAGGUACAAUGGCCAACUGUAGACCAGGAGUGGGUGAAGGGGAGAGUGGGUGGGCGAGAUGCCCCAGGUAGGGUUUUGGGAUUCGUUUUAUUUUACCCAGAGUAAGAGGACCCUUCAGAGGCUGACCAGUAACUGAGGAGACAGGGCCAUGGGGGUGGGGGGCUAUGCAGGGCACCCACCCCCAAGCCACUCUUACACUCCAUCCUUUCUCUCUUGUUUCCUUCUGAGGCCGACUUACCACUGUCUCAUUGGGAAGUGGUUGGUAAGAGCACCCAUCCUACUGCCUUGCAGAAUACAGCAAGGGAGGGAGUCCCAGAAGUACUCACUGGGGUUGGCAACCGAGGUCUGGUGGCCAUGCCCCUCAUCUCUCCUGGGUCCUCUUUUCAUCAACACCGGGGGGGGGGCUCUGGCUGGAAGAUGGUGGGCCUGCCUUCAGGGGCAACUCGGCCAUGGGAGAUGCAGAAAUUAGGUCUCACUCUCCUUUCCAUUUGGGGUAAUCACUGCUCCAUCUUUCCUCCAGAAAGGUUCUAUAAAGGACAGAAGGGAAUCUAGCAUUUGCAAUGGUCACCCUCCUUAGUGUGUAGUGAACGCCUUACCUUCCAGAAACGGGGAAGGCAAAUAAUUCCAAGUCCUCAUUGUUCUAGAACUUUUGGAUCUUCAUUGACCCCAGGCUGCCAAAGGUAGAUUUAAAAACCUGAACCAAUAUCCCCCUCUCCCAAAAUGACAUUGGCUUCUUUUUCUCCAGUUGGUCAAGGCACAGUGUCCAGCAUAUUUGAGGAAAUCACGAGAGUUGUGGUCCAAGAGGUGGAUGUUGGAGGGGAUAUGAUUGCUGUCAGAAGAAUCCUUGACGCUGACAGAUUUCACCGCUGCUCUCUGGUGAGGGGGAAGAGAAAUUUCUGGGGACACCAGUACCACGGGCCAGACCUCACCUUGGAGGAUGUACUGGAGAGAAGGGAGGGUGAAGGGCCGUUCGAUGUGCUAGGUUUGGGCCCCAAGGUCAGUAUGAGGGGAUACGAGGCGCUCUUGCCAGUUCUGCCACGUUUCCACCAGUUCCAAAAUGCAAUUUUGCUAUGGAGAUCCAGCCCUGCGCCCCCACCCCCCAGCAGGAGAAGCUCUUCCCCCUCUGUAGGCUCGCAUCUGGGAGGUCUGAGAGAAGGGCGCUCCGCCUGGCAGCAUGACCUUUACCCUUCUCUUUCCAGAGAACUCCAAAGGCUGAGUUCCCAAGUUCUAGACAUGGUAGUCUCAAAGGGAAUGUUGACAGUGAAGUUACCCAAAGAAUUAACAAUCGCAGGGACCUUCCACGGGUCCCACAAGCAAAGAGUCAAGAUAUUGGAGACCCGGAUACCCCAGCAAUAUCUGGAUUCCCUUGAGCAUGGGGAGGCUGGAGUUGGGCAGCAUGGGGAGGAAGAAGGGGAAGGCCCAUUUUGGGCACCAAGGGCAUCUGAGGGGGAGGUAUCCUGGCUGGUGCAGCCCCUCAUGCCCCUUCCCAACACUCCCCGAGCCCGCUCCUCACUCAAGCCUGCCCUCCUCUUCCCCUUUCCAGGAAGUUCUUCCUGGAUCAGCCUCCAGAACACCUGGAAGUCCUUGAGUUGAGAGGAUUUCAGAAACAUGAAGGAGAAGGAGCAGGACAUGGUGAGAGGCCUCUAGGGUCUGAGUGAGAAGGAACAAAAAGAUGUGCUAAGCUGCCUCAGAGUGCAGUUGCCGCUCUCCGAUAGAGCCGGACUGGUGCUCACCUCCCCCGUUUCCUGGCCCUAUGUGUUCGAGGUCCUGAUCUCUGGUGACCUAUAGAUGGAGGGUCUAACAGGUCUUCCCAUAAGUAGCCUUUUCAAUGCUGCUGUGUUCUUGGUAAAGGCACAGACCGACUCCAUCCUGGGUAUCCCGGAUGCUUUGAUUGGUGGGGAGGGAUGUGACUGUAUGCUGGUGUGGAGGACUUGCCAAGCAGAGGGGUCUGUGGGGAUUCAAAUCCUAGGACGAAGGGGGUGCACAUUGCCUUUUACAUUUUAUGCAAGAUCAUCUGUCACUGACAGGGGCCCUCUGGAACCUCCUUCUGCUGCUGGUCCCAGGUCUGAUGAGACACUGAAGCCCUGUCCCACUGCGUGCUGCCCCUACCAGCCACCCUCUUCACCCUCUUUUUUGCCCCCAGAGUUGUCUGAGGAACAGCGUCUUGGGGCUGAGGUCCUAGGGAAGGGGACCCUGCACUGGUUGAAGGACCCGGUAAGACAGCCGGGGCUGAGGGCCAGGGUCAUAGUGGAAGUGAAUGCCCGCUUUCCAGGAUCUGCAGGAGGAAGUGCCGUAAUGGAUUACUGCAUCUGCCACGGCCCAGGACUAAGAGGGGUGGCCAAGUAUUUGCCAUUUCUGGUAUGUUUCCUUGUUCCUACCUUUACAGUCUGGUGUGUUUCCUUCCAGGUGGGAUCUGUCCUGGAGCAGAACUGGAGUGAGCAGCCCCAGGGUGUGGGCCGGGACCCUGAUGCGAGGCUCCUCUGUGUCCUCCAUGUUGCUGUCUCCAUCCUGCUGCAGCUUGGACAGACACGUCUUGGAGGAUGCUUUAAAGACCAUCGAAUAUUAGACUCAAACAGAGUUCGGUCAGAAGGAAGGAAGAGAGAAGCACCUGCACACAUCUCAACCCUCAAUUUAGUCAUCCUCUGCGUUUUAAUUUGGUUGACUUUCUUCUAUGUGACCUACAUUCCAGAAAACUUCCACAGAAAUGAGGGAGGGUCCAGGAGGUUUUUCGGUCAAAAGCUGUGUGAUCUAUGUCUGCAAGAAACGGACUUCAAGCUCCUUUGGACUGAGGUGAACUUCCUCUACCCUCUGAGUUGUUAUGCAACAUCUUCUAAUCAGUGGUUGGUAGUCAAAACCACUUUUUCUCUUUUUUUGCUUCCUGUUUCCUUAUCUCUUUUGUUUUCCAAACACCUUCAUUGUUCUCCAUUUGUUUCUGGAUUCCGAUACCGGACAUCAAUGUGUUACCCUGGGAGGAUCCAAAGUGAUAGCAUGGUAUCUGUUUAUCCAAACUCCACCUCACGUUUCUAGCAGUCUUCAUAAAAAACACUGACACUCUGGAACUACACUUUGGCACCAGUCAUGUUUCUGCAACCUCAGGGGCUUUCAGACCUACAUAAUUCAUUAUUGUGUCAGGGCUGUCUGAAGUUAUAUUACUUCCUACCAGCUACAAUUUGUUCUUUCUUGGCUACUGAAUUUUCAGUUCUGAGGAAUGGGUUACUGGUGAAAUAAUAAGCCUGCUAUGGUAAGAGAAUAAUUUCCAUUAUAAGACACUGACACCUGCACAAAGCUGGCAAUCUUGUGUUUUUAUCCAUUAUUGUAACUUAAAAAUUCUUUUUCUUGAGAUAAGGUUUUUUUUUUUUUUUACUGUAAAACUAUUUCUACUCAUAGAGCUAAAGGUAAUCGUACUGAUCUGUCAGUUUAUCUACAUUCUUCCUUCCGAGGGACUGAAGAAGCUUAUGAAACCGAAGGAGGAAGGCAAGAAGGGCCCCGAGAAACAUUUAUCACAUGCAAGGGCUGUGGGGUAAGGAAAGCUUGCCAAGGAUGAACACAGUUAAGAUGCAAAUAUGGCAACAAUCUAAAGUGUAAAAGGACGCUGGAGGAUGAAAAACAAAAUGUAAAAGGAGAAAAUAGUUUCCUGGCUCAGAAAAAAAGAAAUUCACAAACUCAAGAGCAGUGCCUACAUUCUGUGGGAUUACCUAAAAGAGCUGGGGAAGGAAAGCCAAGUCACAGCUCACACCAUCAGGAAGCAGCAGGUGGCAAUCUUACGUACUCAGUACCAUCACUAGUUCUCCCUUUAACCUGCACUGCUCAAUUUCCCUCACUGGGGCUGGUUAAAAUUUAUAUUUUGUUCAUAUCUUCUUUGCCUAACGGACACUUUCUCAUUAAACUGCUUUAUCUGAAGAGCUCAUACAAAAUGUUAGGAAUAGUUAUUACUUGUGAAGAUAAAACUUGCAAAGAAAGACAGAAGAUCUAGUAAUUAAGAGCCUAGAUUCUGGAGACUUCCAAUGCCAACUCUACCACUUACUAGCUGUGUGACUUUGGGCGAAUUACUUAACAAUUAUGUCCUUCUGCUUGCUCUCUAUAAAAUGUGAAUGAGUAUGUACCUACUAUGACGAACAUGAGGACUAUUGAAUAACUACAUCAAAACAUUUCGAAGAGUACCUGGCGCCUAGUGCUCUAUGUGUGCUGUAUGUGUGUCAGCUGUUCUUCGGGAGCACGUGCAGCUUUCCCCCUUCGGUUCCCUAGGCAUUUCUCUCUCUAGGAUGGUUCUGGUGGUAGCUCCAUCUUCAAGAAGGAGACAUUUAAUUCUUUUUUUUCUUUUAAAGAUGUAUUUAUCUAUUUGAGAGAGAGCAAGAGUGAGUGGGGGCGGGGGGGGGGGCAGAAGGAGAGAGAAAAAGAAUCUCAAGCAGACUCCCCGCCGAGGGUGAGGUCUAACACAGGUCUAAAUGUCAUGACUCUGAGAUCAUGACUUGAGCCAAAAUCAAGAGUCAGAGGACACUUAACCGACUGAGCUCCAGGCACCCCGAGACAUUUAAUUCGUAAGGGGACGAAGUUUCUCUUUGGGAUUCAAUCAUUAAAAUGUUCACAUUCCGUUUCUCACUUUUAUAAAAUUCUGUUUCAAAAUGAGACAUGCUAUUAUAAAAUAAAAAAAGAAUAAUGCAUUAGUCUAUCUCAGGGCAACAUUAUAUUCAUUAACCUGUGUGAAUAAUUCCUUUUACAUUGACAGAGUAAAACUGUCCAAACAACAGAGAUUCAUCCUUACUGGAAUAGACACAAAUUCUGGGUCUGGAUUUGCCUCCUGUGCUCAGAAUGCUUCUGCCAGCUUCAGUGGACUCAUAGGGUGCCUUAUCUACCAUCAUGACACACCACACGGCAUUGUGUCUGAUCAAGGAAUUCACUUCAAAGCAAAGGAAGUGAAGCAAUGGGCUCAUAACCAUGGAAUUAAAUGGUCUUACCACAUACCCCAUCACCCAGAACCAACUGGCAUAAUUGAAAGGUGAAAUGACUUACCAAAAUCUCAGUUACAGUAUCAGUUGAGAGAUAAUACCCUGAAACAAAGGGGUUCUGUAUAUGCUUUGAAUCAGAGACAAAUAUAUAUAGUUCUGUCUCCUUCAUAGCCAGAAUAGUCCAGAAAUCAGAGAUGGAAGUAGGAGUGGGCCCUCUCAAAAUUAUACCUAGUAACCCACUUGCAGAAUUUUUCUUUCUAUCCUGGCAACUUUGAGCUCUACUGGUUUGGAGAUCAUUGUCCUCAAGUGGGGGAAUGCUUCUACCAGGAAACACAACAGUGGUUCUUUCCUGAAUUGGAAGAUGAGACUGCCACCUGGAUAUUUAAGCUCCAUAUACUAUGGAACCAAAAGGCCAGAAAAAAGGGAGGUGGUGUAUUAACUUACUGGAGUGAUGGUCCUGAUUACCGAGAGAGUUGAGUUGCUACAUGACGGCAGCAAGAAGAACCGUUUCUGGAACCUAGGAGAUUUUCUGGGGGUGCUUCUUAGUUCUUUCUUGUCCAAUACUAAAGGUUAAUGGAAAACUACAUAGCAACAACAAUAAUAAAGAAGGGCAGAACACGAGGACCCAUACCCUUUGGGAAUGAAGGUUUUGGUCAUUCCACCAAAUAAAGAACCCAGAGCAACUGAAGUUCUGGCUGAGACCAAGAGAAAGAUGGAAUAGAGUAGUUGAAGAAAGAAGCCACAGAUAACAAUUACAACCUUAUGACCAAUUACAGAAACGAAGUAGCUUUGCGUAUUUUCUCUUUGCUUGUUAUAAUCAUGGUUAUUUUAAUUCACUACCUAUUUUCUUCUGAUUUUUAGUUUAUAUUCAAGUUGUUGGAAGUGAAUUUUACAAUUCCGUCCUUAGGACACAGAAUGGGACUGUGAGUGAAUUUCAGGAAUAAUUAAUAUAGCCAGCAAUAGAAACAAUGACUAUUGGAACUAUGUGCUGUUAUAUUUUUAGGAAAUCGUGAAUACUUUUAUGAUGGAUAGCUGUAUCUUCUUAGGUAGAAAUAUAAAAGUUCUUUGUCAGUGUACAAGUGUUAAAUGGUAUGUAGAAAGGUGCAUAUGGAAGCUGAAUAGUCAAAGGGUUGCACCAUUUCAGUUAUUAAUUUAUUGCCUCUCAGCUCCAAAUAUAUCUUUUUUGUCUGUUUUGUGAAAAUGGAUCUAGGUCUUGUAAAUGUUUUCCUUCACCAGCUGGCACAGCAUUAAGUUUUGUCAGAGAUGAUGCUGGAGAGACAUUAGAGGAGGAAAGGAAUUUUCUUUCCGGUUCUAGAUUGUUGCCUUGGCAGGCUCCUGAGACAUUUCCAGUGUUCAUAUCCCACAGUGCAUGGUGGCCAGCAGCUUUGGCAACAACUUCUCCUCCUUGUGUGGUUUUGUAGUUGAGUGAGAAAUUACCCCAUGAACUACUUUCCUUGGCACCCUAAAGGGUGGAUCUCUGGAAAGUUACACAGAGUGAAUUUCCAGCAUCAGUGACUUCUGCCAUUCAGUGACUCAUGGUUGUGGCCUCUUCAAUAAGGUCUGGAUGUCUGCUCUGGGAGAUGGUGGCUCAUUCUUGAACACUCUCUCUCAGUCCUAGUGGCAGGAGCUGCUCUUUAUAUCUGCUAUUCCUAUAUUCUUUAGGGUUCUCUUUAGGGUUCUCUAAAGAGAAGUAGUUAAUACUUCUUUAUAUUAUCCUGUUCAAAUUAUUUUGUGUUUUCUGUCUCCUAAGAGGAUCCUGACUAACUCACAUAUCUACAAUGUUAAUGCUAAUACGAAAUCUAUUAUUAAAACCAGAUAAUGAUAUCACAAGAAAUGAAAACUGCAGACAAGUAUGUCUCAUGAACAUAAAAGCACAAAUCCUCAACAGACGAUUAGCAAAUCAAAUCCAACAGUAUAUAAAAAUAAUUAUACACCAUGACCAAAAGGAAUUUAUUCUAAAUAUGCUAGGAUUAUUCAACAUUUGAAAAUCAAUUAAUGCAAUCCAUCUCAUCAACAGGCUAAAAAAGAAAAAUAAUAUGAUCACAUCAAUAAAUACAGAAAAAACAUUUGGUAAAAUCCAAUACCCAUUCAUGAUAAAAACUCUCAGCAAACUAGGAAUAGAGUAGAACUUCCUCAACUCCCUAAAGAACAUCUAUAAAAAGCUAUAGCUAACAUCAUACUUACUGGUGAGAAACUGGAUGCUUUCUGUCUAAGAUCCAGAGCAAGGCAAGGAUGUGCUCUCUUACCACUCCUAUUCAAUAUCAUACUGGAAGUUCUAGUUUAUGCGGUAAGACAAGACAAGAAAGUGAAAAAUAUAGAGCCUGGGAAGUAAGAAACAAAACUGUCUUUGUUCGUAGAUAACAUGAUUGUUUUUGUAGAAAAUCCCAAAGAAUCAGGGCACCUGGGUAGGGCAGUCAGUUGAGUGUCUGAUUCUUGGGUUCCACUCCAGUCCGUUUCCACUCUGGUUGUAAUCUUGGGGUUAUGGGAUGGAGCCCAGAAUCAGGCUCCAUGCUCAGCGCAGAGUCUGCUUAGGAUUCUCUCUCCCUUUCCCUCUGCCCUUUCCCCAUGCACACAUGUAUGCACAUGCAUGCGCAUGCCUUUUCUCUCUUUCUCUCACAAUAAAUCUUUUUUUAAAAAAAGAAAACCCCAAAGAAUCAACAAAAAUAUCUUGGAAUUAAUAAACGAUUACAGUAAGAUCACAGGAUAUGAAGUUAAUAUACAAAAACCAACUGCCUUCCUAAAUACCAGAGAACAUCUGGAAUUUGAAAUUAAAAAAAAUAGUGUAAUUUAUAUUUACACCAAAACCUUUAAAUAUUUAGACAUAAAUCUAAGAAAAUAUGUACAC